AGUGUGUUCGUUGAGAAGUUGUUGUCUGACCUUCAUUCAUUGCCAGAAAUUCAGAAUACAAAGAACAAUUAUUCUCAUCGAAGACUGAAAUUUUAUUCGAAUACAUUACUUGUUUGAAUUUAAUUUGUUUGUCAGUUUACCUCUUUCGUAUAGAAUAUGGUGCGUUCUAAACCACCUUCUUCGAAGAAGCAGCGGGGUGUGGAUUUCAAUAAAAUAAAGCGGAAGAUCGGUCGAAAACUCCCGCCACCUAAGAAUGCUACCAACACUGAAAUCAAGUCCAAAGCAAUUAUUCUCCCCGAACAGAGUGUGGCAUCGGAUAAAGCGGGUUUAGCUGUGAACAAAAAGGGUCUGACACUAAAAGAGUUACUUCAUCAGACAUCUCAUCAUAAUGCCAAAGUUCGCAGGGAUGCAUUGAUUGGUAUUAAGGAUUUAGUACAUAAAUAUCCGGCAGAGCUGAAGUUGCACAAGCUUGCUAUAAUAGAGAAGCUGCGGGAACGCAUAAGUGAUGAGGAUAAAGCGGUCCGUGAAAUGCUGUAUCAACUUCUGAAAGAAGUGAUUUUCCCUGGUUCGAAAGAGGAUAUCCCAGGGCCUUUCAUUUCUUUGAUAAUGGUCUAUAUUUUUAAUGCGAUGACACAUUUAGCAUUCGAUAUUCGGUUGAUGGCAUUCAAGUUUUUUGAUCUUGUUGUCCAACACUACCCAUCUUCCUUCUUAAUGUAUGCUGAAAAGGUUCUUCAGAAUUAUGAGGUUAUCUUACGAAAGAACCAGACCUAUUUACAAGACAAGGGGAAACUCAAGAGUGCUCUUGUUGGGUUGGUUCGCAGCUUGUCACUUUUACCUUGUAAUGAGAGAAAAGCUGAUCCAUCGGAUGAAAAAGUUUUGGAUACACAACGGACAUUGCAUGCUUUUGAGCUUGAGGUGCCUAUGAAGCAUACGGGGAUUUCUUCCAUUAUUAAGAAACUAGAAGACCUUAUGCCAGUUCUGGUCAACUGUUUCCUGGAAUUGGCUUCAUCAGUUCAUCAAUUGCCGGUGCUGGAAACACAGUCAUUUGAUUGUAUGCAAUGUGCACUGCAGAGCAUUGAUCUUGUGGGCAAGUUUUUCUUUUAUGGGAUCAAUAAGCAGCAUCAAACAGCCUUUGAUGGACUUAAUGCCAUGCCACUGUUCUUGAGGAAGUUGUUGGAAGUAUUUCCCCUUCACUCAACACAGCAUGUUUCGGAAAAGGAUCAUGACAGAUAUUUUAUCUUGAAUGCUGGAAUUACUGAAAUCUUUCUGCAGUUUAGUGAAUGGACCUACACUCCUGCUAUUUUGAUGGAAAAGUUCUUAGAGUUUAUGGAAAUUUCAGUGUUUGGGCAGAUUGGUUGCAAUACACGGUCUAGUAAAGCACUCAGAGAAAAGCAUUUAGUUUCACUGCUGCAAUUUUUUCCAAGACUUGUAUCUCAAAUCACUGGCAAUUGGAAAUCUCACCUUCUACAGGCAUUCACCAAAGCUUUUAAGGAUUGCAAAACAGAGUCUUCGCUGAAGUUGGCUUGCCUUUCUGUAAUCAAGGAAAUGCUACUUCCUGUGUCAAGGAAGCAAGGCACGCUGCUCUUAGAUGCAACUGAUAGUGAGAUAUUGGUCCAUCAGAUUACUUGGAUACGUGAGCUUCCCUUAUUGCUUCUUCAGUUUGGUGACAAACAUCUUUCAUCUUCUAAGGUGGUUUUGCAUCUUCUCCUUCGCCUGGCACAAUAUGCUCCCAUGAACUCUUCCCUUGCUUGGGAAUAUGACAAUAUGCAACAUUUGUUGCGAGACUUCUACUGUAUGUGUCUGGACAAAGGAAGCAUAUGCUAUGGCCCUUUCAUAAAGCUCCCUAGAGAUUGCCAGGAACUUUCUAUCUGUUGCCUAUAUUACUUCUCCAGUCUGGAUUCAUUAAUGCUUAGAGCAUUAUCCUGUUGUUGCCUGAGUAAUAAUUUGGAGCCAUUUGUAUUAUUCAGAAUAAUAGAGGUUCUUCACUCAGCCUAUAAAGCUGGACGUGUCCAAAUUGCAGACCAUAUCAGUUUCUUCGUCACCUUGCUUGCCUGUUUUAGAGUUCACCCUGAAAAUUUCGAUCCUUCAUUGGAAAAUGAUGAGAAGAUUCCGAAUCAUGGAACUUUUAAGGCCAUCACAAGUGUGAUCUGCUCUUGCCUAUCCCAGAUGGGUGAUGAUAACCUUGUUCUUCAAACACUAGAGAAAACUAUUGUUGAUGAGAUUAGACUCAAUCUACCAUUAGACAACAAGUGUGCACUGCUAAGAAUGCUUGUCACACUGGACUCUAAACCGACAAGACUUUCGGAGCAAAGUAUUAUCAAGCUAAGCAAGUCCCUGUUGGAAUACUUGAUUGAUGCUGCUUCUAGCAUUCCGGAGAACGACGAUGGGUCAAGUGAUUCUAUUCGAUUACGCAAUUGCCUAUACCUUCUAAUCCCAUGCUUUUUCCUGUUUGAUAGAAGUGAUAAGUUUUUAAAUCUUGUCCUGGAUUUGAUGGGAUCAUCAAUAAGUGAAAAUAAUUCAUCAGUUGAAUAUGCAUUGGUCCUGUCACGUAAGAUCUCUGCCAUUGCUUCCAUUAUCCUAUUUAUGUAUAAGGAUGUGAAAAUCCAGAGAAGACUUCUUUUGUGUCGGGUAGAAGUUAACCAAAUUUUGCAGAAUAUACUAUUCCAGUCAUCAACUGAAACCAACAUGUCUCUUGAACAAAGACAGAGAAUGAAAUCUGCCUUUGAUCAACUACAAUCUGCAACCAGUAGAUUAUAUAACGGUGAUGCACUCAAAAGCAUUUGUGGCACAUAACUUGCAUGUGUAAGUCUUCAGUCCAUCACUUGCUCCAAGCCCUUUACAUGUCACUUUCUUACAUUAAAGGCCUUAAUGAUGUCAUGGAUAUGCAUGUGUUCUCAAAUUAGUUCAAUGAUUUGAAGU